AUGUCUCAUGCUCUAAGGCCAUAUCUCGCGGCCGUCCGCUCUACGCUGACGGCAGCAAUGACGCUCGAGAAUUUCUCGUCCCAGGUGGUCGAGCGACACAACAAGCCCGAAGUCGAAGUCGGCAGCUCGCUCGAAGUGCUCCUCACGCCUCUUGUCAUUUCACGUUCCAAGACGGAACAGGUCCUCAUCGAGCCCUCGGUCAACUCGAUUCGCAUGAGCAUUCGGAUCAAACAGGCAGACGAUAUUGAACAGAUCCUCUGCCACAAGUUUACUAGGUUUAUGAUGAUGCGCGCCGAGAACUUUGUCAUUCUUAGGAGGAAGCCUAUUCAGGGAUAUGAUAUCUCUUUCUUGAUUACCAACUUCCAUUCCGAAACCAUGCUCAAGCACAAACUCGUCGAUUUCAUCAUCCAGUUCAUGGAAGACGUCGAUAAGGAGAUAUCGGAAAUGAAGCUUUCUCUCAACGCGAGGGCACGUAUUGUUGCCGAGUCUUACCUGACCGCUGUAAGCCCGUUCAUUUCUAUCACAACAGAUCCAAUUUAA